UCACCGCUCAACUCUAUAAAGCAGAAGGCUGAAAUCAAUUAUGAGUGGAAGUUCAGCAGUGAGGAGACUGCUGCCUGUCUCAAGGAAGCAGUUGAGGAGAUCGUGGAGGUACAUCAACGCUGCAGUCUCACCAGUCCACUUCAAUAAUCCGUCACCUCUCCUGGAGGAGCAGAGUAGAGUGAGGUCAUUCCACUGCAGUGCUCCAGGUCCAGCCAAUACUGGGGCUCAGGGACGACCCAGGAGUGAUCGGGACGACCUCCCAAUGUCUCUGGACCACUUCCGCAAACCUAGUCAACCUGCUGCCGGGACCACUGGCCAUCAGGAGGAUGGAUGGUGUGAUGGAUACACUCUGCCUCACCCUGUGUGGAGUGAGGAGGAAUUGAACUCUGUCCAGAUCACUCACACUCCUCCAGAGAAACCUGUUGACACGGCUGCCUAUUACUCUGUGCAGAUGCUGAGGACGGGGUUUGAUCUGUUGUCUGGGUAUUCGUGGGGCAAGAGGUUUGGUACACUGGAUGAGAAGAUGUGGCUGUCAAGAAUCAUCUAUCUUGAGACAGUGGCCGGAGUACCAGGUAUGAUAGGUGCGAUGGUGCGUCACUUGAAGUCUCUGCGGCGCAUGACUCGGGACCAUGGCUGGAUACACACCUUGCUGGAGGAGGCAGAGAAUGAGAGGAUGCACCUCCUCACAGCUAUGGAGCUGAGGAGACCUGGACCUCUCUUCAAGAUUGCCGUCAUUGGAACACAGGGUGUGUUUGUGAGUAUGUUCUGGAUAGCGUAUUUCCUCAGUCCCAGAUUUUGCCACAAGUUUGUUGGCUACUUGGAGGAAGAGGCAGUCAAGACCUACACUCACUGCAUUGAGAGUCUGGACAAGGGGGAGCUGAAGAUGUGGGAGAAUACAAAAGCUCCUCAGAUUGCUGUCUGCUACUGGAGACUGCCUGGUGAUGCAAUGAUGAGGGAUGUGCUCCUGGCCAUUAGAGCUGAUGAGGGUCACCACAGAGAGGUGAACCAUACCCUGGGCUCAAUGAGACCCUCUGAAACUAAUCCAUUUGGCCCUGGUCAAUGACAUCACACCGCCAGUAUACAUAAAUAGUACAAUGGUUCGCCUCAACUGACUACACACAUUAGCCAGAUACAUCAGUAGGAUUCACAGACCGAUUUUCAUUGCUAUUUGAAUAAUUUUUCACUGAUGUUAUUCAUAUUUCAUUAACCUGCAUAAUUGAGGGUGGUAGACAAUAUUGGUUUCACACACAAUGUUCUAGACAUACAUACAGGUGAGAUGUACACAUACAUAGUACACAGUAUCAAGGCUAUGUACUCCAUGUACCAUACCUACACACACAGACAGACACACACACACAUCAUUUGCAAUACACGGAGGGUGAUUCAUGUACAGUAUAUACUGUAGU